UUAGACCCGGUCUCUGCAUUCUUCGUUCUCGAUCGAUCUCCCGAGGAGUCCAUGGAUCGCUACGUCGUCCCCGCUCCUCAACAAAACCCUAGAUCUCCUCGCAGUGGGAGAGCUCGAUGGACACGGAGCGCCGCGGAGAUCGAAGGAAGAUUCGGAUUCGAUUAUCGACACGAAGCAUCUCGGCUCCUGAUUGAUUCUUACGCGGAGGCUAGGGCAUUUGAGCAUAAUUACAAUGAUGGGUCAAAUAGCUGUCCAACACAGCUGGCUCGGAUUUUUAAUGCUGCAAAUCAAGACACUCCAAUCUCUAGCAUGAGGGAAGGCAUUUCGGCAUUGGAAUUUGAUGCCAAGGGCGUCUAUCUUGCAUCUGUGACUAAAUCUGGGUGUCUAACAGUGCACGAUUUUGAGACCUUGUACUGUACUACGUAUGGUCCUAUAUCAAGGUAUUUGGGUGAGGAGGCAAAACAUUUACUGCAUAUUUCUACUUCCAUGCCUUUAGAUGCUGUUCAAUGGAAUCCGGAAAAUCAAGAUGAGAUUGCUUGUGCAUCUAGGCAAAAUGACAAAAUUGUUCUGUUUGAUAUUGGCUAUGUCACAUCCGAUCCUGUUCAAGUCCUAGAGAAAGGGAAAUCUAAAUUCUCUCGACUUAACUCUGAACUUAAUAAUGGCUUAUCUGAUGUGGUUUUCGCUUCAGAUGGCAAAUCAAGAUUGUUUGGAUCUGGGUUGGAUGGUGCCAUCUAUAUGUGGGAUCGACGGCAAAGUAAUAUUCACUGUCUUGAGCUUACUACAUUGUCACAAUGUCAACUUAAUAGUAUUGAAUUGGACUUGGAAAAUCGGGUUAUUUUUGGGGCAAGCAGGCACGGUAUUAUCUAUGCUUGGGACCUUCGUGGAGGAAGAACAUCCUUCGCUUUUCAAAGUCAUAAUGAGGUACCCCUUUUGACAUCAUUGAAGAUAUCAUCAAUGUUGGAGAAGAUUACAUCCUUGAAGGUGCAAUCGAACAUAGUUUCGAGCGAAAUUCACUCACUAAAUUUUGACCCAUCUUGUCCUUACCAAUUAGCAUUCCAUCUUGAUGAUGGCUGGUCUGGUGUGCUCAACAUCAAUACUCUCACAGUAACACACAUGCACUGCCCCCCUCCUGCUUGGUUGGAAGGUGUGGAUAUGUCACUGUGCCCAAGCACAAGAAAACCAUCUUGGCUCCCAACAUGCUCGGUCUAUGCAGUCGGAUCUUUGAGUGGUGCUGGAAUAUAUCUUUUGGAUUUCCGCCCUAAUACAAACUCAGCAUGCCAUGUCGACUUCGAUGAGGAACAAGAGAGCAAUUCGAGGGGGCGCAGAGGAACAAUUCAAAACAAGUUUGUUCCUGCAUCUCAAAAUGUGGUAGCUUGUGCUGCUCACCCCCUUAAUGGCACCAUAAUUGCUGGAACUAAGCAUUCUUCAUUGCUCGUACUCUCUCAAAAGCGAAAGGGCAGUCCAUGAAGCUUGUAGAAAAUUCGGUUCCACAUUUAAUAUUAAGAGACCAUUAGGCUUUUAAACUACCAGUUGUCAACCAAACAAAUAUUCGACAAUGUAAUUAGCAGUGGUUAGGUGAUAAGGUGACAGGAACGAUGCGCCGUCAAGAGAAUUUCACGCCGAGUCAUCUGAAGUUUGUAGAAAACCAGAAGAUUAUGCUUACAUCCGACGGUGCAAUACAGGCCCAAAAACAUUUCAUAACCCUACUAUGAUUUUGCAAGAGCAUUUUACAGCUGAGUGUCACUUCUUACUCGGACAAUAAGCAAUCUAAUCUAUAUAUCGUUAGUUAUCAAAUGAAUGUAUUUUGAAGGGUACAUCAACAUUUUCUGUGGAUGCAUUGGGCUAUCAAAGAACAAUUUAUGCUUCCACAACAUUUGUUAUGGUUCGCCUCCGAUUGAUUUUUGCAACACUUUAACAAAUCAAAGCCAUUUUAACAUAACAAUCGCUUCACCGACCGACUGUCCCUAGU